UCCUGUAUUCUGGUUGUAAAUAUUCUUCUUAUCUGACACGGACUCUGAACAUUGCUUCAUUGUAUGAAGGAAAAAGGCCUAGAUAACAGCAGUCAGACUAGCCUGUCCAGGAUAUCGUGUUUAGUUGUCGUCUCUGCUGUGGCACUGGGGGUGAUGGGCCACCCCGGGCGUCCCCCCCCCUCAUGGACCCCACCCAGGCCAGACAGUUGUUUCAUCUCGCCGAGAUGAACAGGACAGCGGAUGGGUUUCUCACCAAGGCGGAGGUUGCCGACAUAUUUAGUGCAUUUGAUGUGAACGGAGACGGGACAAUCGUGGAGUCUGAGUUCACAGCUCACUGGCAGAGUCGCAAUCUCGGCAGCGUCCUAUCCGCCGUCUACCUCUUCCACCGCGCCGACACCGACCAGAACGGCAUCAUCACUCGAACACCUGACAUGGACCGGGUUUUCAGCUACUUCGACCUCGACGAUAACGGAAAGGUUAGCGAACCCGAGUUUGUCGUCGUUUGGGCGAGUCUGACGUCAUAAAUGGAACACAUGCUGAGGAGAGAGAUGCUCUCAUCAUUCUGUGGAACAUGAGAAAAUAAGAAAUAAAGUGUUUUCUAAACCUGAA